UUGUCGCAUGGGCCUGGGCAAAAUGUGACAAAUUAUCAUGGCGCGCGUGGGAAAUUAACGUUCCGCGCAGGUGGAAUGGUGUAGUAUAUUCUUAGGAACAUAAUAUCGCCAAAAAAAAAAAGCAGACAAGAAAAUGACGGAGUUAGACAACAGUUCGUCCUCGGAAGCAAGUGUCGAAGCUAGCGUAGCACGCGUAAGCAGCCUCUCGAUGGACGAUGACAAGCCAACCUUCGCCAAAACACGAAUUCAAGAAGAACUGGUUCUUGGUCUAAUCCGACAAGCCGAAGCCUUGGGAUCUACAACAAUCGAACUGUGCCACAAAGGUCUUAAAACUUUGCCAAACGACUUACUUCAACUGAAAAACCUAGAGUAUUUAUAUUUGGAGGGAAAUGAACUAACCUCAUUACCAGAAAACUUCUUUGACAUGCUGCCAAACCUUCAGUGGCUGGAUGUAAGACGAAACAAAUUGACCUCGUUAUCAAAUGUCUUCAGUGAAAAAAUCCCAAAGUUACGUAAUCUUCUGCUUGAAGGAAAUAAUCUUACAACAUUACCACCAGAGCUUGGUUUGAUAAAGUCAUUGAAUGGCUUGAACAUUAGUAACAACCCUCUUAGCUUCCCGCCAGUGGAAGUUAUUGAGCAGGGCACACAGCAUAUUCUUCAGUACUUACGAGAAGUUUUAAGAGUGAAAUCAAAAACAGCAGAAGUUGAGGCUGUUGCCUUUGCAGAUUCGCCAGAUCAGCAUACAGAUGUUCAGGACCCAGAUGAGGAAGACUGGGAGAAUUAUGCUGAUUUGAUGAAACAGAGGUCCACGCUGUCAGCUCACUCCCAGACCUCCUCAUCCAGUGAGCAGUCGGGAUUUACCGGACCCACGCACCAACCUGUAGAGUUACACAUGCCAACCAGCUACUCAGAGAUACGAGCCCAUCACCUGGAGAAAUUGAAGAAGACUGGUGCUGAUGGAAGGAAAAUCGUGCAGAAAAAAUCUGCCACGUCCAAGAAGGUGGAGAAAUUCCCUGCUCCCCCAUCUGAAGCCUUUGUGACUUUUAAAAUGGCACAGGAGAGGAAGUUGGCUAAGGAGAAAGAAUUGAAAAUGAGACAGGAGGCCAUUCUACAGAGGAGAAGAGAUGAGGAAUCAUUAAAGAACUGGAGAGAUGAAUCAAAGAAAAGACAACAACAGAAACACUUUGAAAGUGUACGAAAUGGGGGAAUAGAUUAUGAAGAGCCAGCAAAACAAGCUCCAUUUGGAAUAGAUGAGGACAAGCUGAAAAUGAUGUCAAAAGAAGAAAAGAUAAAGGAAGAUGUUAGAGCCACACAUGAGAAAUUAAGAAGGCGACCAUUGACCCCUGGGGCCAGACUAAAACUUGAAGAGGAAAAAGCCACGAGGAUUCGUGAGUUAGAGCGACGCAUUAAAGCCCAUACCUUGUCUAUGGUGGACAGACGACGAAAACCUAAGGGUACACCCCAGGAGGAAAUGAUUUUAGCACAGAAAGAGUUGGAAGUCGUGAGGGGGCUGCAGAAAAAACUUCUAAAGAAAUAUCAGGAUCUAAAGAACUGGAGCUCAGGGCUCAAUUGGUAGUGCCAGGCCACGGAUUUAUAUAUAUAGGCAGAAGAACUACAAAAGGAGCUUACGCUCAACAGAAAAAAAUUGGAGUACAGAUUUCGGGCUUUUACGGGAGAUGUUAUAUAGAACAGUAUAUCAACUAUCACAGAAACUGGAAGACUACGUGUAGGGUGUUAUGCUGGAAUCCGGUGUGUUAAAACUGCACUGGCUGGCCACAUUUACAACUUCAUUUCACAAAGUGAAUAUUAUUUACUUCAGUUAGGGACCAUGUUAGUCACGAGUGUCACUCUUUUCACAGAAUUCUCCAAACUCUACACAACCCUCACUGGAUCAUAAAGGAGCUGCCUCAAUGUAUGAUGUUUUCCUUAAUUUCCAUGGUCUACCUUACCAUUUCUUUUUUAAAUGUCAUGUGAAAAUAUUUCGUUGGUAUGUAAAUUUAACUAGGAUUGUUUAUUCAUUCGUAGUAGAAUGUUUGACAGUAUUAAAUAAAUAUUGCAGAACUUGUUUCAGUAUUACGUAAUAUAUGUACUUUUUGUUCAAGGUGGGUAUUCCUGUAAGCGUCGUGAAUUUUUAAAUUAUGACAAUUUUAAUUUAUUGUUUAAGUACUCUUUGCCUUUUGAUUGCCAGUACAUACAGCAUUAAUUUUCAUGUAAAGGUGUUGAUUGUGGAUUUUCUAAACUUUAUUUGGGGCCAUUUCAUUGUAAAUGUGUUUUCAAUGGAGACGAGAAAUGUACUUCUUGUGGAAAUACUUUUAAGAUCUAUUUUCAUAGAUGCAAACUACGACCAAUAAUCUACAUGUAAGUCACCAAUUUUAAUUACAGCCUGUCUUGAGUUUUUUGGGGAAGAAAUAGGAGGUUCACGUAGGGCAUCAUUUUCAUGGACUGUAUCUUGAUCAGUCAGUGUUUUUGGAAUAUUUAUGAAGUUGAUCAAAGGCAUGGUGCUAGAUGUAUCAGUAUUACAUAUAUUCAGGAAUGGACAAUCCUGUAUGCCUAUGGUCAACCAGCUGUAACUCGGUUUUUCAGGUGUUUUAUGUUUACCUAUAGAUGUCAUCCGUCCACUAAUUGUACCAGUAGUCUGUGCGAUGUUGGUUGAUAAUAAAAAUACAUUUGUUACUAUUUUA